GACUAGAGUGCGUACACCGCGCUGGAUGUGCAUGUGCAUGUUUCCUCUGACUCUGACUCUCAUCCCUGGUGCUGCUGGCGAAUGACCUCAUGUGUCCCAGUCAGCAACGGAGACGGAUGGCGACGGCAUGAAGAAAAGCCGACUGGACGGCACAGACCGAGAACACACACAGAAGAGGCGUGACUGCGGUGUGUGGUGUUGACUCGUACCAGAGUUGUUCGUGGUGUUCGGGUUCCCAACAUUUCUUGCCAGAGGCUGCAUGCUGUUGAGGGUGGGGUGUGUGUGUGUGAGAGAUCGUAGGUUUCUCCUGCGUGCGUUCUCCUGUGGCGGUGUCGCCAUGGCGAAGAGUAAGUUUGAGUAUGUGCGGAAUUUCGAGACUGAUGACACGUGCCUCAAAAACUGCUACAUCGUAGUGAGACUGGAUGGACGCAACUUCCACAAGUUCUGUGAUCAGCACGGGUUUGUGAAGCCCAAUGACGAGCGUGCGCUGGCUCUGAUGAGGAGGAGUGCGGAGUGUGUGAUGGAGCAGCUGGAGGAUGUGUGUGUGGCGUACGGACAGAGCGACGAGUUCAGCUUCGUCUUCAAGCGCUCAACCAACUGGUUCAAAAGAAGAGCCAGUAAGCUCAUGACGCAUGUGGCAUCCCAGUUCUCCUCUAGUUUUGUGUUCUACUGGGGUGAUUAUUUUACCCAUCAGCCCCUGCUCUACCCACCCAGCUUUGAUGGACGGGUGGUGCUGUACCCUAGCAACCGUAACCUGAGAGACUACCUGAGCUGGCGACAGGCUGACUGCCAUAUUAAUAAUCUGUAUAACACAGUGUUUUGGAGCCUGGUGCAGAACGGAGGCUUGAGCACAUCACAAGCUGAAGAACGACUGAAGGGUACAUUGGCUGCAGAUAAGAAUGAGAUUCUGUUCUCUGAAUUUAACAUCAACUACAACAAGGAGCCCCAACUCUACCGCAAAGGAACCACUCUCAUCUGGGACACGACAGAAGAGGUCACCACCAAGAAGGUGAAAGCAGCCAAUCAGAGCGAGUCAGAAGUCCAUGUGACCCGCACCAGGAAGAAGGUCACCGCCCACCAUUGUGACAUCAUUGGAGAAGAGUUCUGGGCGGAGCAUCCAAACAUUCUGGAGUUGGACUGAGCAGCUCCAUCAGGAACACACACACACACACACACACACACACACACACACACGGGACAGGAGUCAGACUGAUGUGGGCGAUCAAACACAUACAAACACACACAGAUGCUGGACUGGAUGCUGGACUGGACGCUGGACUGUUGAGUCUGAUGCCUAUAGCCACUAUACCACUGUGGGACUGAAGUUCAUCCGCAUGUUUGUUGUAAUAAACUGAUUGUCUUGUG